AUGCCUCGGCAAGCCCAUGGACGACCUGUCCAGGCAGAAAAAAGGAAACGACCUUCAAAGAAAACCGCAUCAAAGAACCGCCGGCUCAAUGCCCUGGAAAUUGCCGAACAAGAAGGUCUGGAUGAAUACAAGAUUCCCCAGCACCGCUUGGGCGUUAUUGACGACGACGACGAUGAUGAUGAACCACGCAAUGGGGCGGAUGCAGAUGACCGCUCGACUAAGAGAAGGAAAGUCGACAUGAAUGGGGAUCCCGGAUCCGCAGACGAAGGUUCAGACGUCGAUGGCCACCAGUGGCACGUUGGCGUUGAUGAUGAGGACGAGGACAGUGACAUCGACAGCGAGGAAGCAUUUGGCGGUAGUGAUGAAGAGCGUUUCGCCGAUUUCACGUUUGGCGGCAGCGCAAGUACCGAUGGCCCGACAAAGAAGCGUCGCAGACGGCCUGAACACGAUCUAGACGAGAGCGCUUCUGGUGACUCAACCGAUAACGAAAUAGAACAUGAUUUUGGUGACGAAGCCGUGGAUUUGGCUACAGCCUGGGACAUGGAUGACGAGGACGAAAAAGAGGCUGCAGAGAAGAAGAAACACAAAGGGCGUACAUCUAAAGGAGCCGACAGUGGCGACGAUGAAGUGGAUGUCGACGCUUUUGAAUCGGAGUCUGAUGAAGAGGAUAUGUCCGAAGCUGAUGAAGAUGACGAUGGGGAUUCCCAGCUUUCAAUCUCUGAAGAUGAGGGUGAUCAUUCAAGACUGCAGAGCUUUGUGGAAGGACUGUCUAGUGGUCAGGUGCCGACACCACGUCGGCAGCAGAAUCUCAAAAAUCUUACCGACAAGCCUUCUCAAUUUGGUCUCAGCUCGACAAAGAUCUCGCCAGCCGAUUUGCUUCAAUACAUUAAAGACCCACGCCAAAGACAAGCAUUGAAGGUCCUCACAAAUUCGGAAGAUAAGGCCCAGGAGGUCUACAAGGGCGGAGUCCCGGGAAAGCUUGCUCCUCCUUUGGCUAAGAGGCAACAAGACCGUCUUGAUCGCGAAGCUGCAUAUGAAGAGAGCAAGAAGGAGCUCGGAAAGUGGAUUGAGACGGUGAAGAGGAACCGUCGAGCCGAGCAUAUCUCGUUUCCUCUCCAAGACCCUGCGGCGGCCGCUGCUCUUGGGCGGAAACAGCUCGGCCCGACGUCCCAGUCAGAACCCAUGACAUCCUUGGAGUCUACAAUACAAUCUCUCAUGAUUGAAAGUGGAAUGUUGUCCAAGGAAACCCGCUCCCAGGAACAGCAGGAACAAGUGUAUGAGGAACUCCAGGAAAAGAAGAUUCCACUGGAAGAAGUCCAGGCAAGGCGAGCGGAACUGCGCCGAGCCCGUGAACUAAUGUUUCGUGAGGAAAUACGUGCAAAGCGCAUAAAGAAGAUCAAGAGCAAGGCUUAUCGUCGAGUGCAUCGGAAAGAACGUGAAAGAGCCGACGUCGAGAAUAGAACUCUUCUGGCCGCCCAGGGACUGAUCGACUCGGAUGAAGAACGAGAGCGCAAUGAUCGUCGCCGGGCCGAAGAACGCAUGGGCGCGCGGCACCGGGAGAGCAAAUGGGCCAAGAGUGUCAAGAUCACAGGCAGAGCAGCAUGGGAUGAGGAUGCUAGGCAUGGCUUGACCGACCUAGCUCGGCGAGACGAAGAACUUCGCAGACGCAUCGAAGGCAAAGCCGCCGCCGGUUCGGACGAAUCUGAUUCAGAAUCCGAUGACUCCGAUCAAUUCUCCGGAGCGGACGACGAGCGUGAGUGGCUGAAGAACAAACUCGAUGAUAUUGAUCGUGACGAGCCAGAGUCCACUGAGACACGCCUCAACUCUAUGGCCUUUAUGAAAAAAGCGGAGGCCGCUCGAAAGGCCGCUAAUGACGAGGAAGUCAGAAGUCUCCAACGCAGUCUGCGCGAGGAAAAUGGUGAAAUCAACGGGGACUCAGAGUCCGACGAUGAAGUACCUGUUGGCCGCCAAAAAUUUGGUGGGCAAGGUGCGAAGGAGCAGUCGGCUAUGCCAGCCCCUGUCCAGAAGAGUGAGUUCGAGGAACGUGAGUCUGACGCGGAGCGAGACAUUGCAGAUGAGGAUGAAGAAGUGCGAGGAUCACGUGCUGCCGAAGUACCUGCUAAAAAGCCAGCUCCUAACGGAGAACCCGUGAGAACUUCAAAACAGAACGUGACUGGCAAGCAGGUUCAAGAGAAGAAGGUAGAAUUGAAAGGGACCAAUCAAAAGGCGGCAGGAACUCUAGUUCCUCGGGCUGACAAGCUACAAAAGAAAGGACGCAGACGCGUCGAGCAAGAGCUUCACGACUAUACCAGUCCAUCAGAAUCGGAAGAUGAGCAGAAUACAAAGUCUGCCCUUGCCCGUGCCAUAUUUGCUGGCCCUGAUGAAGUGGAGCAGGACUUUGCUAGAGAGAAGAAGGAGACUGUCAAGGAAGAGGGUGACCAAGUCAUCGACAACAGUCUCCCAGGCUGGGGAAGUUGGACGGGCGAAGGUGUCAGCAAGAAGGCACAGAAACGGGCCAAGGGGCGGUUUUUGACCACCAUCAAGGGCGUUUCUGAGGAGAAGCGACAAGAUGCCAAUUUGGAGCGUGUCAUCAUCAAUGAGAAGCGGGUGAAGAAGAACAGCAAGUACUUGGCCAGCGAACUACCUCAUCCGUUCGAGACACGGCAGCAGUACGAGAGAUCACUUCGCCUGCCUUUAGGUCCAGAAUGGACCACCAAGAGCACGUUCCAAGAUGCCACCAAGCCACGCGUCCUAAUGAAACAGGGCAUCAUCCGCCCCAUGUCUCGACCUUUGGUUUAA